AGUCCCCAACUUCCGUUCAAUUUAUCAGUAUUGUCACUUCCGAACCGCUUGCCAUCUGCAAUCUAUAUGGAGGAAAACGACCCGGAUCGGCACUUGCGCAAGAUCUACCAGGUGGUGGGGGUCUCGACCGUCAUCGACGACGUUGCCCAACUGGUCAAGCGAAGGCGUGGCAGCCCGCCGAAGAUCACGAAGGAGCAAGAGCUGCAGCAGCAUCUAGAACGGGCCCGUGAGGCUCGAGCAGGCCGGUUGAACGCAAUUGGACCGAAACAUCGCUUUCUGCUGGAAACAUCCGCACACAUUCUUAAUCUCGACCAGGAAGUUCUCAUCGAAUGUACCGCCGACAGAAAUGAAUACGUUGAGCAGCUGGAUCAGCUGUUCGAAUCCGACGGCAGUAAAUCGGUGCUGGUAUUCUACGGACAGUAUGAUGCCCCGGGCAUGGAAUCAGGUCGGUACAAUCCGAAGCACAAAAGGCAAAAGAUUAUGCAAUCGAUGAUUACCAAUGGAAGCGAUGAGAAGGUAACCGACGUUUGCGUUGGGGCGUUUAGACACAGUAAUGCCAAAACCAUUGAGGUGAAAAGUCUAGGAGAGGACAUAUUUUUCUUAACGAUCAUGAUCCCCGAAAAUUGUUCCAUCAUUUAUACGUUAACCUCACUUGCGGAGAAUGUCAUUAAACCGUCCAUAGACAGCAUCAAGGACUACGGUUACUGCACGGAUUUACAAAAAAGCUACUUUUACCAUGGGGUAGAAACAUUCAUAAAAUUCCUUAAAAGCACCGAGCGAGACAUUUCUGAACGCAUCAUGUUCGAGGUGGACCAUAAUCUGUACAAGGGUUUCCUGUUGACACUCGUUCAAAUCAAGGAAUCGGCACGCGAUCGCAACAGGGUUUACACGGCGGAGCGUGCUUUUGCCCGAUGGAUGCGACAGGUGCAAUUCGCGCUGACUCAGGGCGAUCAAAUUCGUCGUGAUCCCUACGAUGUCGGACCACUGCACGAGUUGGAGUACUGGCGCAGUAUGCUUACCAAGUACACAUCGAUAGCUGAGUUCAUCGAAUCUCGACCUUUCCUAAACUACCAGCUUUGCCUGAAGCUAUCGCGUUCGAAGCUGUUGAAGAAAUGGUAUAUCAUGGACAAAGAAGUGACGUGCAAGCUGAACGAAUCUCGAGAUAAUGUGAAGUACAUAAGUGCAAUUGAGAGAUUUUGGGAUCCACUGUACCGUUGUGAUCCAGAAGAGGUCGCAAUGCACAUUGCUAGCUUGUUGACUAUCAUUAGACAAGUGUACAAAACAUCGAACUUUUACAAUACAUCGGAAAGAAUUACCGGACUUCUCUCGAAGGUCACUAAUCAGAUCAUAAUGAAUUGCCAACAGUAUCUCACCUGCCGUAGGAAGAAGACCAUCUAUGAGCAAAAAAGGGAAGAUGUUUUGGAAAAGAUUCGCGUGUGCAAAGAUUUGGAUAUGAUCUACAGAUUUCAUUACUACAAAACCAUAAACGACAUGGAGGAAAGCCCCGAUGAAACUCCCUGGGAUUGCUCGGAUAUGUACAUUUUCGGGAAAAUGGAUACCUUCAACGUACGACUAGACAAGAUACAGACCAUUAUGGAGCUGGUUAUCAAAUAUGAGGUUAUAGAUCGAGUCGGUAUUUCCGGAACGGAAGUUUUUUCCAAUCGCAUCAAAAAGGCGUACGAUGUCAUCGCCUCGAAAACCUACGAUCCGCUGGUGCAUCGUCAACAUCAGUUCGACGAAGAUAAUGAGAUUUUUUUAAAAGAAGUUGAAGCAGCUGAAAUUGGGCUGCAGAAGUUUGCCAAAGAAAUGCUGGCUGACAUUCCUACCAUCGAAAGUCGCCUUUUGGUGUUGAAUCGCUUCGAAAAUCUUCAGUUGGAUUGCCUAUGCUUGGAUCGACGCUACCUCGAUAUUGCCGUCAUGCUGGAAAAGCAGAUUUUCGAAACUAAAGACUACUACAACGAGAACCGGGCGCAGCCACCAAUCAUCUGGUGUGUCCCGAACAGCGUGGGGAGAAUUAUGUGGGCACGAUUUCUGUUUCGCAAAAUGGAUGACACCAUCAAAGUGAUUAAAACGCGUGGUUGCGUCAUCCAACACAAGAAAGCGCAGCUUUGUGUUAAGUACUAUAACUUUUUAUGUGAGGUGUUGUUGCACUACGAAAUGCUCCAUCAUCGAGCCUGGUGGGAUUAUGUUGACCAAGCGAAAGAAAAACUGGAAGCCCCAAUUUAUCGGAAAAAUGUCGACACCAAUUGGCUGGAGGUGAAUUUUCACCCGUACUUGCGACAGAUCAUAAAGGAAACAGAAACGGUCCUGAAAUGGGGACUUGCGGCACCGGAUCUCGGUGUGCUGCUGGUUUUGCAGAAGGAUAAUUUGUAUAACGCAUUCGAACGGGUAAAAAAUUUGCUGGCCAGGAACAACCGGUUGAGGUUAAGCAUACCGCAGAUAUUUCUGCCCCUGAUGAGGACCAUGCUGAUAAAGUUGGAAGAUGUGUUUCUUCCGGGACUGACGGUAAUAACGUGGAUGUCUAUGAAUUUGAAGCAAUACUUGGAUCAAAUUGAGAAGGUAAUUACGCGAGUAGAGAUAUUCGUUAAGGAUGUGAAUGACAUUCGAGAAGCUCGAAUCGAGGAUAUUCUUUACUCUUUUGCUAAUACCGACUUGCUCGUCCUACCCAUAGAACCUGUAACACCAUCGAAUUUCGCCGAUAUGAACAUCAAAUAUAGACAAACGAUAGAAAAAUACCUAGAAAAGAAGUCGCAAGCUAUGGAAAAUGCUACGAUUGAGUUGAUCAACAAGUUCGUGGAAAACAUCGACGUCGCGGAUUAUGACGAAAAAGGUAAUCGAAAGUUUCAACUUCCGCUAGAGCAGCACACGGAAGAAAACCACCGUCGCGAAGAAGCGCUCCCUAUAGACAAAUACGAUUGGGUUAGUUUCGAUAAAAUUUACAAAGCGUUGGCGUACCCAUCUUCGGAAGCUCACCGGAAAGCUUUGUUUCAAGACUAUACUGGUUUGAAUUACGACGUCACUCUUCUCCACAUUGACUGCAUGGAGCUGUUCGCCUAUUUCAACCAUCGUAUCAUAGCUAUCUUCGUACGCAUGGUCAAAACAUCACUCGAAAAACUACGACAACGUAUCAAGCUGGUUAACCUACAGAUGAACAAAGCAGCUGCUUUACGUGAAAUCAAUCCACUACUAAUAACCGACAUGCUACUGCAGGAAGAGUCUUGCGUCAUAGUGCCUUCCCUAGAAGGAAUUCAAGGCAGCUUCCAACGGGUCAUUAUCAACGUUGUGGAAACAUUCUACGCCGUGUCUACUUGGGGACGACAGGCGAAAACUGAAGCCCGUAAGCUUCGACGCCCGGUGCUAGACGAGGUUCGUCACGAGCGAUCAUGGUUCAAAACUAUCUCAAGCCAUAAGGAAGUAUCGCGAUUUAUUCACGAAUUUGAUGGCGGGCUGUUGCUGGUGCAACCGGACGUUGACGCACAGCUUGGAGCCCUGUACAACCAUUACGAAUAUAUGUGGAAAAGCGAUCUUUUUAAAGUACUUUUGGAACAGAAACCAGCGUUGUUUGAAAAGAUUCAACACGACCUGGACACCGUUGUGUUUGCAGCUCAAGUGGGCCCAAUCGUAAUCCAGCUUAAUCCGGUGAUUAAAGCCGUUUUGAUGAAGUUGCUAGAGUUUUACAACAAGAGAAUUUUGGAGAUUACCAAUUUCAUCACUGAGCACGACUCGAUACUGAAGCGAACAUUAAAGGAUCUGGACGAUAUCAAAAUGGCGAUGGAAUGUCUGAAGUUGGUUCAGGAUAAUUUCACCUUCAUUGACGUUGAUUUGGGAUUUAUUGAGGCCACUUACAACACACUAGCAGAAUUCGAUUUAGGAAUAACCAAAGAGGACAUUGAUCACGUGUACGGAUUGCGGGAUAGUUUCAAAGGCAUGGGUAAGAAGGUUGAACAGGUAGAGAAUGACAUCAUCGCACUUCAAGUGCCUUUGCAACGGGAACUUGCUGAAGGGGUGGCCGAAUUCGUGGAGGAAAUCGCUGAGUUUGAUAGUGAGUUCGAAACCAAGGGACCUAUGGAGGAAGGUAUUUCCGCCAAAGAGGCUAGCGAUAGAGUGCUUAUGUUUCAAGGACGGUUUGAUGAGUUGUGGCGUAAGUUUGAGAUGUAUGCCAGUGGAGAGGCAUUCUUGGGUCUCAAAGUCAAUGAUUACCCCGUUCUUCAUAAGCGCAAGAAAGAGUUCAAUCUGCUGAAUAAACUAUACUCGUUAUAUUUGCAAGUGAUGCGCAGUAUUGACGAGUACUAUGACACACCAUGGGCUGACGUAGACAUCGAGAAGAUCAAUACCGAGUUGACCGACUUCCAGAAUCGCUGCCGAAAACUCCCGAAAGCAAUGAAGGACUGGUUGGCUUACAUUGAUCUGAAGAAAAAGAUCGACGAUUUCAACGACAGCUGCCCCUUGCUUGAGCUGAUGUGUAACAACGCUAUGAAGGAUCGCCAUUGGGAGAAACUGGAGAAGCUUUUAGGCUGCAAGUUAGAGGUGGAGUCCCCAGAUUUCACAUUAGGCCAUGUCAUGGAAGCUCCCCUACUGGAAAACAAGGAUGACAUCGAAGAUAUCUGCAUAGGAGCGGUAAAAGAAAAUGACAUCGACACCAAGUUGCGACAGGUCAUUGCUGAGUGGUCCGCCGUGAGCCUGCAGUUUGCCAAUUUCAAAAAUCGUGGUGAGCUGCUAAUAAAACCAACGGAAACAAUCGAGGUUAUAUCACUACUAGAAGACAGCAUCAUGAUCGUCAAUUCGUUGGCAUCGAAUCGGUUCAAUGCACAUUUUAAGAAAGAAAUUAUGGUUUGGCUGCAUAAGCUCGUGAAUACUGGAGAAAUAUUGGAAAAGUGGUUACAGGUACAAAACUUAUGGAUUUAUCUGGAGGCCGUUUUCGUUGGUGGUGACAUCUCGAAGCAACUUCCGCAAGAUGCUAAGCGUUUCGCCGGUAUUGAUAAGACCUGGGUCCGGAUAAUGUACAGAGCUAGGGAUAAUCCGAAUGCCGUUGAGUGCUGCACCGGGGAAGAUACAAUGUCGUAUACGUUGACCGCCCUAUUGCAACAGUUGGAGUCAUGCCAGAAGUCACUGACAGGUUACUUGGAAUCCAAGAGACUGUUAUUCCCACGAUUCUUCUUCAUCUCAGAUCCUGUGCUGCUUGAGAUUUUAGGGCAAAGCUCGGAUCCAACGUCGAUUCAGGCCCAUCUGCUCAGCAUUUUCGACGCAGUGGCGAAAGUGGAAUUUGAGGAGAAAACGUUUGGAAAGAUCAUUUCCUUGUUUUCGGAUAACGGAGAAAAAGUUCCACUCAACCGACCAGUGUUCUGUACAGGCGGCGUUGAGCUGUGGCUCGAUCGAUUACUAGUGGAAAUGCAGGAUACAAUUCGGGACAUUCUGGCGACUAUGGCGCAGUGUUUGGGUAGUCCGGACUUUGAGUUUAUCAGUGGAUUCCAAGGCUUCUGCGGACAAGCUGGAUUAGUGGGCGUUCAACUUCUGUGGACUCGAGACGCGGAAAUCGCACUUCGAAAAUGUCGAACCGAUAAGAAUAUAAUGCGAAAAACGAAUCAACGAUUUUUAGAUCUGCUCAAUAGCCUAAUCGAACUGACAGUGAAAGAUCUUACAAAAUUGGAACGGAUUCGUUUUGAGACUAUGGUAACUAUCCAUGUUCAUCAGAGAGAUAUCUUCGAUGAUCUGGUGAGAUUUAAAAUCCGAACGCCAUUGGAUUUUGAGUGGCAGAAACAAGCGCGGUUUUAUUAUAUUGAGGAGACGGAUGAUGUGAUCGUCAAAAUCACCGAUGUCGAUUUCAUCUACCAGAACGAAUACCUAGGAGUAACGGAACGGUUGGCGAUCACCCCACUAACGGAUCGAUGCUACAUUACGCUUGCACAAGCUAUCGGGAUGUCUAUGGGAGGUGCCCCGGCUGGUCCAGCGGGAACGGGAAAAACUGAAACUACCAAGGACAUGGGACGCGCUCUCGGUAAACUGGUGGUAGUGUUCAAUUGUUCAGACCAGAUGGAUUUCCGAGGGUUGGGAAGAAUUUACAAGGGUUUGGCACAAUCUGGCUCAUGGGGAUGCUUUGAUGAGUUCAAUCGAAUAGAGCUUCCUGUGCUUUCGGUUGCUGCUCAGCAAAUUUACAUUGUUUUAACUGCUAGAAAGGAGAAGCGAAAGGAAUUCAUUUUUAGCGACGGAGACACGGUGUCUCUUAACCCAGAAUUUGGACUUUUCAUCACAAUGAAUCCCGGUUAUGCGGGCAGACAGGAACUGCCGGAAAACUUGAAAAUUAUGUUUCGAUCCGUAGCAAUGAUGGUUCCAGACCGACAAAUUAUUAUGCGUGUCAAGCUGGCCAGCUGUGGUUUCAAGGAAAAUGUAAUUCUAGCCCGGAAGUUCUUCACACUAUACAAGCUGUGCGAAGAGCAACUGUCCAAACAGGUUCACUACGAUUUCGGCCUGCGGAACAUUCUUUCGGUCCUACGUACCUUAGGGGCCCAGAAGCGUGCGAAUCCCAAUGACACAGAAGAAACAAUUGUGAUGCGAGUUCUACGAGAUAUGAACGUUUCCAAGCUGGUGGAUGAAGAUGAACCGUUAUUUAUCUCCUUGAUUGAAGACCUUUUCCCCGGAAUUAAGCUGAGUACAUCAAGCUACAAGGAUCUACAGAAAGCAAUCGCUAAUAGUGCGGAAGCACUUGGCUUGAUCAACCACCCAGAAUGGAACCUAAAAGUGAUUCAACUCUACGAAACAUCCCUCGUGCGACAUGGUUUAAUGACUCUAGGACCAACAGGAGCCGGCAAGACACGCUGUAUUCAUACCCUGCUCAAAAGUUUCACCGAGCUAGGACUACCCCACAAAGAGAUUCGAAUGAAUCCGAAGGCUAUCACAGCUCCGCAAAUGUUUGGCCGGCUCGAUGUGGCCACCAAUGACUGGACCGAUGGGAUUUUCUCCACUUUGUGGCGUAGGACAUUGAAAAUCAAAAAGACGGAGUUCGUUUGGCUCAUACUAGAUGGACCAGUGGAUGCUGUGUGGAUUGAAAACUUAAACUCGGUACUGGAUGAUAACAAGACGCUGACACUAGCCAACGGUGAUCGCAUAACAAUGGCUGCGAACGCCAAGCUGGUGUUUGAACCGGAUAAUGUGGAUAAUGCGUCCCCUGCUACUGUUAGCCGUAUGGGAAUGGUCUUCAUGAGUGCUUCCGUACUCAAGUGGGAGCCUAUUCUGAACGGAUGGUUAAAAACGAAGCCGAGUGAUAUCGGCGAUACCUUGAGGAAGUUCUUCCAUAAAAUUUACGACGAUUUGCACAGUUUUGUGCAGACGAAACUAGCGGCAAAGAUGAAAAUUCUAGAGGCCAUUUACAUUCGACAAUGUUGUGAUAUUCUAGAAGGUUUAAUAACUCCCAAAGAAGAAGAUGCUUCGAUCGAGCUCUCUGACAAACAUUUGGAGCGGUUGUUCUUGUUUUCACUCAUGUGGUCCUUGGGAGCUGUUCUGGAGCUGGAAGAUCGAGAAAAGAUGGGAGAGUUUAUCGCUAAGCAUCCAUCUAAGAUGAAGUGGCCAAAGCUCCAACCAGGCGAAACGAUAUUCGAAUACCUCGUGAAUUCUCAAGGUAGCUGGCAGCACUGGAACAAUCAAGUUGAGGAGUACAUUUAUCCGAGUGAUAGUGUUCCGGAGUACGCGAGUAUUUUAGUUCCGAACGUGGAUAACGUUCGAACCGCAUAUUUAAUCGACCUUAUUGCGAAGCAGUCUAAAGCGGUGCUCCUGAUUGGGGAACAGGGCACUGGUAAAACCGUAAUGAUCAAAGGUUACAUGCUCAACUACGACCCAGAAUUUCAUCUAUCAAAGAGCUUCAACUUCUCAUCCGCUACUACUCCUAACAUGUUCCAACGAAUUAUUGAAUCAUACGUAGAAAAGCGAGUAGGAACUACCUAUGGACCACCUCAGCAGCGACGUAUGUCAAUAUUCAUCGAUGACAUCAACAUGCCAGUGGUGAACGAAUGGGGCGACCAGGUUACCAACGAAAUCGUACGACAACUGAUGGAGAAUACCGGUUUCUAUUCACUGGAUAAACCCGGUGAUUUCCUAACCAUACUGGAUAUCCAACUGCUAGCUGCUAUGAUACAUCCAGGAGGCGGGCGGAACGAUAUUCCACCCCGUUUGAAGAGACAAUUCUGUGUGUUCAACUGUGCGAUUCCGAGUGACAAAUCGAUGGAUAAAAUUUUCGGCGUUCUCGGUGAAGGUUACUUUUGCGAAUCGAGAUUCAUCACCCCGAUUGUAAAUUUUAUUCCGCAACUAAUUCCUUUGACCAGGAAACUGUGGCAGGCCACGAAGGCGAAAAUGUUGCCAACUCCGGCCAAAUUCCACUACGUUUUUAAUCUUAGGGAUUUAUCUCGAAUCUGGCAGGGAAUGCUCACAAUCAAAUCCGAGGAGUGCCAAACAAUCAAGACGGUUAUAAAUCUUUGGCGUCAUGAAUGUAUUCGGGUUAUAGCUGAUCGAUGCACCAACUUUCCGGAUCGCAUCUGGUUCGUGAGCAAAAUGCGUGAACUUGCUGAAGAAUUGUUGGAAGCAUUAGAUAUCGAACACUACGAGGAAGAGGAAACCUUUUUUGUGGAUUUUCUUCGUGAUGCUCCAGACCCAACCGGAGAGGAGGGAGAAGAUGUCAGUUUGGAACCACCGAAGCUGUAUGAAGAGAUUCCAAGCUUCGAGGAAACUACUGCUCGUGUUAAAAUGUUUAUGGAACAAUUUAACGAGCAAAUUCGGGGAGCAGCCAUGGAUUUAGUGUUCUUCCGCGAUGCUUUAAUUCAUCUAAUGAUCAUUUCCAGAAUCAUUAGGACACCGAGAGGAAACGCUCUGCUGGUCGGUGUCGGGGGCUCCGGCAAGCAGAGUUUAACCAGACUAGCUUCGUUCAUCGCUGGUUACAAAAUCUAUCAGAUAACCUUGACGAAAUCGUACAACAUCAACAACCUUCUGGAUGACCUCCGAUAUCUCUACCGCGUGGCAGGUUUUGAGGGUCAAGGAAUAACUUUCAUUUUUACCGACAACGACAUCAAAGACGAAGGCUUUCUAGAGUACAUCAAUAACGUACUGAGUUCCGGUGAAAUCGCAAAUCUUUUCCCGAAAGAUGAUCUUGAUCAAAUCACCAACGAACUCAUACCUGUCAUGAAAAAGGUUGCACCAAAACGAAUUCCAACGCAAGACAACUUAUAUGAGUUCUUCAUAUCCCGGGCCCGAGCCAAUUUGCACAUUGUCCUAUGCUUCUCACCAGUGGGUGAAAAAUUCCGCAAUCGGUCGCUCAAAUUUCCCGGUUUGAUAUCAGGUUGCACCAUCGAUUGGUUCCAGAGGUGGCCGGAGGAUGCGCUGAUAGCAGUUUCGAAUCACUUCCUUAAAGACUACAGUAUAGUUUGCAAGCCGGAGGUCAAGCGGGAGCUGAUCGAAAUAAUGGCAUUCGUCCAGGACAGGGUAGCCGAGGUUUGCUUGGAGUAUUUUGAGAGAUUCAGACGUCAGGCGCACGUUACACCCAAGUCGUUCCUUUCCUUUCUGGAAGGCUACAAAGUGAUCUACAAAGAAAAGCACGACAAUAUUGCGGUGCUUGCCAGUAGAAUGCAAACGGGUUUAGUGAAGCUGAUAGAAGCUGCCGCCUCGGUUGAUGUUCUUAGAGUGGAGUUAGAAGAAAAAGAGAAGGACAUCAUAUUGGCAACUCAAGCUGCGGAGAUUGUUCUCGCAUCCGUAACGAAGUCACAAAAUGAUGCAGAAAUCGUCAAAGCAGAAGUGCUGGUCGUAAAAAACAAAGCGGACGUUCUUGUGGAACAGAUUGCCGCGGAAACGGCGGUGGCAGAAGAAAAGUUGGAGGCUGCCCGUCCUGCACUAGAGGCUGCUGAAGCUGCGCUGAAGACCGUUACUCCGGCCGAUAUAGCUACCGUUCGAAAGCUUGGCAAACCUCCCUAUCUGAUCACGUUGAUUAUGGACGUCGUGUUAAUUUUGUUCAGAAGACGAAUGGCUGCAGUGAAACCAGAUCCCGAACGACAGUUUAUGUUCGCCUCUUGGGAUGCAUCACUAAAGGUCAUGGCAGACACCGGAUUUCUCAACAAAAUAGUCCGCUAUCAAGCGGACUUGAUCAACGCAGAAACCGUAGAUUUAAUGAUUCCUUACUUCAAAUAUCCAAUGUAUACCUUCGAGGCGGCCAAGGCAGCUUGUGGUAAUGUGGCAGGUUUACUCCAGUGGACUACAGCUAUGGCGAAGUUCUACGACGUCAACAAAGAUGUCCUGCCGCUGAAGGCAAAUCUAGCAAGACAGCAGAAAAAGCUCGACAUCGCUACAGUACAACGGCAAGAAGCUGAACAACUGUUACAAGCUAAGGAAGCUGAGCUAGAACUAGUCCAGAAGGAGUUCAAUGAAGCUAUGGCUAAAAAGCAAGCAGUAUUAGAUGAUGCCAAGGUUUGUCAAGAUAAAAUGGACGCUGCUUCAGCUUUGAUCAACGGAUUAGCAGACGAACGGAUUCGGUGGACAGAACAGUUAUCACAAUUCAAAAGUGAAACUGAUCGUCUCGUGGGGGAUGUGCUGAUUUUGACAGGCUUCCUCUCGUACACUGGUCCAUUUAACCAAGAGUAUCGAAUGAUUCUUCAAAAGGUCUGGCAACAAGAACUACAGAAUCGAAAGAUCCCAGUUUCACUGAACAUAAACAUAAUGGAAAAUCUGACCGAUGAUGCCACAGUUGGAGAGUGGAAUUUGCAGGGGUUACCAAACGAUGAGUUAUCGGUUCAGAACGGUAUCAUCGUAACCAAGGCCGCACGGUAUCCUCUUCUGAUUGACCCUCAAUCUCAGGGCAAAAUUUGGAUCAAACACAAAGAAAAAGAAUUCGGAUUGAUCGUGACCUCGCUGGAGCAUCGUUUCUUCCGAAACCACAUCGAAGAUUGUGUGUCCCAGGGCAUUCCUUUACUGAUUGAAGAUGUUGGCGAAGAGUUAGACCCCAUACUGGACAACAUUUUGGAGAAGAAUUUCAUUAAGAUGGGUAACACGUUCAAGGUGAAAGUCGGUGACAAAGAAGUCGAUGUUCAUUCGGACUUUCGUCUGUACAUUACAACUAAGCUACCGAAUCCGGUGUACACUCCAGAAAUUUCAGCCCGAACAUCCAUCAUUGACUUUACGGUUACGAUAAAGGGUUUGGAAGAUCAGCUUCUUGGUCGAGUUAUUUUGACUGAGAAGAAAGAGCUAGAGUCCGAGCGAACAAACCUGAUUAAGGAUGUUACCGCCAACCGUAGGAAAAUGCAGGAACUAGAGGCUAACCUUCUGCACAAACUGUCGACUACUCAAGGAAGUUUAGUUGACGAUGUAACGGUGAUUAUUGUUUUGAACACUAGUAAAACUACCUCAAUUGAGGUUCGUGAAAAAUUGAAGAUUGCACGAGAAACAGAAAUCAAAAUUAAUAAAGCCCGUGAAGAGUACCGUCCAGUUGCAACAAGAGGGAGCGUGUUGUAUUUCUUGAUUUGCAGCAUGUCGAUGGUGAACUGUAUGUAUCAGACUUCGCUGGUACAAUUUUUGGAACGUUUUGACAUAUCGAUGGCUCGAUCUGAUAAGCACAUUGUAACAUCGCGAAGGAUUAACAACAUCAUAGAAUUCCUUACCUACAACGUUUCCCAAUAUAUCUGUAGAGGUUUGUACGAAGUGCACAAAUACCUGUUUGUGCUUCUGAUGGCUUUGAAUAUUGAUCUGGAAAGGAAAAAAAUCACUCAUCCAGAGUUUCAAACAUUCAUCAAAGGUGGUGCCGCACUGGACAUAAACACUUGUCCUGAGAAACCGUACAAAUGGAUCGUCGACACGGCGUGGUUGAAUCUGGUCCAGCUGUCCUCGCUUCAUCAGUUCAAUGAAAUCGUCGAACAUGUGCAGUUCAAUGAAAAGGGAUGGAAAAGCUGGUUCUCGAAAGAAGCUCCCGAAGAAGAGGUAAUACCGGAUGGUUACCACAGUAUGGACGCAUUUCGAAAGCUAUUACUGAUUCGGGCAUGGUGUCCCGAUCGGACACUGUCCCAGAGCAGAAAGUAUCUGGCUAUGUCGUUGGGACAGCGAUUUGCGGAUCCGGUUAUAAUUAAUUAUGAUUUGAUGCUGGAAGAAAGCAGACCCUUGACCCCAUUAGUAUGUUUUCUUUCUAUGGGUUCGGAUCCUACCCCCAGUAUUGAAGCAUUGGCUAAGAAAAAUGCUUUUAAAUGUCGGUCCAUUUCGAUGGGACAAGGUCAGGAAGUGCACGCCAGGAAAUUGAUUGCCACAUCUUUGGAAGAAGGUUCGUGGGUGUUACUACAAAACUGUCACCUGGGACUGGAAUACGUCACCGAACUGAUGCUGCUAAUUAUGGAAAUGGAAAAAACGGGAACGGGCUUCCAUCCAGACUUCCGGGUGUGGGUUACCACUGAACCUCAUCCGCAAUUUCCAAUCACGUUCCUUCAGAUGUCAAUCAAAUUUACGAACGAGCCUCCCUCAGGAGUGAAAGCAGGACUGAAGCGAACCUAUGGUUCAAUGACGAUCGAAAUGUUUGAAUACAGUGAGUCGCCAUUUUAUGUGCCGCUCAUUUUCGCCAUCUCCUUUCUACACACCGUGGUUCAGGAACGUCGAAAAUUCGGCCCUUUAGGAUGGAACAUUCCGUACGAGUUUAAUUCGGCCGAUUGGCUAGCAAGCUGUAUGUUUGUUCAGAAUCAUCUAGACGAUUUGGAUCCAAAGCGAGGAAUCAGCUGGAAAACGGUUCGUUAUAUGUUGGGAGAGGUUCAGUAUGGCGGACGGGUUACCGAUGACUAUGACAAACGACUGCUGAACACAUUUGCCAAGGUUUGGUUCUCCGAUAUGAUGUUCUUCGACGAGUUCCGCUUCUUCCGAGAGUAUAGGAUAAUGAAAUUCAAAUUCCUAGAAGAGUACAUGGAAGCGAUCGAGCAGAUGUCACUAGUAGACCCACCGCAAGUGUACGGGCUUCACGCUAAUGCAGAUAUUACGUAUCAGAGCAACACGACAACUGAGAUUUUGGAUACGAUCGUGUCUAUUCAACCGAAAGAGUCUGCCGGCGGUGGUGGAGAAACUCGAGAAGCAACCGUAGCACGGUUGGUCCAUGAUAUGUUGUCCAAAGUCCCGGUACCGUAUGACCAAUAUGCGGUUAAAGAACGUCUGAAGAUUAUGGGUCAUUUGAGCUCAAUGAACAUAUUUCUUCGUCAGGAAAUUGAUCGAAUUCAAAAGAUCAUUCUUCUCGUACGAACAACUCUGAAGGACCUUCUGUUGGCAAUUGAUGGCAUCAUCAUAAUGAACGAGCAGCUUCGCGAUGCACUGGACAAUAUCUAUGACGCAAGAGUACCGGAAAUUUGGAAACGUGGCAGUUGGGCUUCUGCUUCUCUCGGAUUUUGGUUCACAGAGCUAAUCGAACGGAACAACCAGUUUUACACGUGGUGUUUCAAGGGUCGUCCAGUCAUGUUCUGGAUGACAGGUUUCUUCAAUCCUCAAGGUUUUCUAACUGCAAUGCGACAGGAGGUGGCUCGAGCUCAUAAAGGCUGGGCUCUGGACGUUGUGACACUACACAAUGAUGUGACUAAAAUGCUGGCGGAGGAAUGUAAGCAACCUCCGAACGAAGGCGUGUAUGUUUACGGCCUGUAUCUAGACGGCGCCGGAUGGGAUCGGAAGAAUAAUCGACUCCAAGAAUCAAUCAACAAAGUGUUGUACACUGCAAUGCCUGUUAUACAUAUUUAUGCUAUCAACUCAACGGCAGGAAAGGAUCCAAAGUUGUACGAGUGCCCUGUGUACAAGAAGGCCAACCGAACCGACCUGAAUUACAUCACGCCACUCUGGCUACCAACCUUCAAAUCACCCGAUCAUUGGAUACUGCGCGGAGUUGCCCUGCUGUGUGAUAUUAAAUAAAUCGUGCAUCAUCUGGUGAUGGCUUUCUUACGUUUUGUUAUAUUAACUACACAAUAAUAAAUCCCGUUAGCGUUCUAAAAAUAUCGUUCCACAGAUUGCAGUUACGUGUAGAUUUUAGAACAUUUACAAUCUAGACAAUGAAAAUGGAUUGCACGUGUUGUAGCGUUGCUACAUUUGUGCAAACAGCAAUGAUCCGACUCGGUAAUGCAAAGCGCUGUACAAAAAAGUGACGAUCGACUUACUCUCGCCCUAGCACAUGGCCGCGACCCCAGGAAUGCCUUGAAAAUAUUCCAUUACCUUGCGUUUGCUGCUGUUGCUGUUGCUGCUGCUGGGGGUUUACAGCUCGCUGACCAACUGGAGGAAAUCCAAACCCAUGCGUGCCGCCCGUAACAUCCGGGAAGAAUCGUUUG